AUGAACGAUCUCAUGGGAACCGUUCGCCCCAACCCGUUCGAGAGCGCGUCGAGAGACCCGCGAGGACGGGAUGAGGAUGACGUUCGAAUCGCGACGACGUCCUCGUCGACCGCGCGCGCGAUCGAGCGCGACACCGCGGGCUCGUCCGGCGAAGACGACGGCGCGAGCGAGUUGAUGCGCGUGUUCUUCGACGACGUGCGAGCGGUGAAACAAAACCUGAAAGAAAUCAGAAAUGCCCUGAUCGAGCUGGACGCGGACCGCGAAGAGAGCAAACGAAGCGCCACGGCGGAGGAGGCGAGCGAGCGACAGGAACGGAUGAACGCGACGAUCGAGCGAGUGAAUAAAGUGGCACGAGAGGCCAAGUUGCGAUUGGAAAACUUGGACGAGGAUAACGCGCGGGCGGUGAAGAGUGGGAAGAUUGCGCCGUCGUCGAGCGAGGAACGCACGCGCGCGGCGCUCGCGUCUUCGCUCAAGACGAAACUGAAGGAACAAUUGGGAGAGUUUCAAAACGUGCGAGAGCAAUUGAGGGUGGAGUACAAGGAGAUCGUCGAGCGACGAUACUACGCCGUCACGGGCUCGGUGGCGCCGGAGGAAGAGAUUGACCGACUCAUCGAGACGGGGGAGAGCGAGACCAUGUUCCAAACGGCGCUCCUCGAGCGAGGCAGAGGACAAAUUCUGGACACCGUGAACGAGAUUCAAGAUCGACACUACGCCAUUCGUGAGCUCGAGAGAAAGUUACUCGAGCUCAAUCAAAUCUUUUUGGACAUGUCCGUUCUCGUCGAGGCGCAGGGCGAGAUGAUCAACUCGAUCGAGAGCCACGUGGCGAAAUCCGUCGUCUACGUCCAACAGGGCCACGUCGAGUUGAAAAAGGCGAGAGAGUACCAGAAGAGCACGCGCAAGUGGGCGUGCUGCGUCAUGAUAAUCCUUCUCAUCGUCCUCAUAUCUAUAUUACUCCCGGUUCUCAAGCCUUGGAAGUCCGGAAGCGCCUAG